AUGAGCCUCUGGUCUUUCUCCUCAGGGGACAAGCAGAUUGGCAAGUUGAAGUGCAGGCAAAGAGGACCAGAGGGGUUUGUGUGGCUAAAUAGGCAGACAAGACAGCGUGACCACAGCAGGAGACCAUGCCAAGCACAAAAACGGUUUCAUCAUGUGAUUGAGACCCCGGAGCCUGGCAAGUGGGAGUUGUCUGGGUAUGAGGCAGCUGUGCCAAUCACAGAGAAGUCAAAUCCACUGACCCAGGAUUUGGACAAAGCAAACGCUGAGAAAAUUGUUCAGUUACUAGGACAGUGCGAUGCUGAGAUCUUCCAGGAGGAGGGGCAAGCCAUGCCUGCGUACCAGCAACUGUACAACGAAUCAGUUCUGACCACCAUGGUGCAAGUGGCUGGGAAAGUGCAGGAAGUGCUGAAGGAGCCAGAUGGGGGGCUGGUGGUCCUGAGUGGAGGGGGGACCUCUGGUCGGAUGGCAUUCCUCAUGUCGGUCUCCUUUAACCAGCUAAUGAAAGGUCUAGGACAAAAACCUCUUUAUACCUACCUCAUUGCAGGAGGUGACAGGUCUGUGGUGGCCUCGGGGGAGGGGACAGAAGACAGUGCCCUGCACGGGAUAGAGGAACUGAAGAAGCUGGCUGCUGGGAAGAAGAGGGUGAUCGUCACUGGCAUCUCGGCGGGACUCUCUGAACCCUUUGUGGUAGGCCAGAUGGACUACUGCAUGGACAACACAGCUGUCUUCUUGCCGGUCCUAGUUGGCUUCAAUCCUGUGAACAUGGCCAGAAAUGGCCCCAUUGAAGACUGGAGUUCAACCUUCUGGCAAGUAGCAGAGAGGAUGCAGAAAAUGCAAGAGAAACAGGAAGCUUUUGUGCUUAAUCCUGCAGUCAGGCCUGAGGGUCUCAGCGGCUCCUCCCGGAUGAAAGGUGGAAGUGCCACCAAGAUCCUGCUGGAAACCCUGUUAUUGGCAGCCCACAAGACGGUAGACCGGGGCAUUGCAGCAUCUCAAAGAUGCCUCCUGGAAAUCCUGCGGACCUUUGAGCGGGCUCAUAAGGUGACCUACAGUCAAAGCUCCGAGAUUGCCACCCUGAUGAAGCAAGUCAGCACCAGCCUGGAGAAGAAAGGCCGAGUGCACUUGGUUGGCUGGCAGACCCUGGGCAUCAUUGCCGUCAUGGAUGGAGUGGAGUGCAUCCAUAACUUUGGCGCUGAUUUCCGAGACAUCCGUGGCUUUCUCAUUGGUGAUCACAGAGACAUGUUUAAUCAGAAGGCUGAGCUCAUCAAUCAGGGUCCACAGUUCACCUUCUCCCAGGAAGACUUCCUGACUUCCAUCCUGCCCUCCCUCACAGAAAUUGACACUGUCAUCUUCAUUUUUACCCCGGAUGACAACCUCACAGAAGUGCAGACACUGGUGGAGCAGGUGAAAGAGAAGACCAGCAAUAUCCAGGCCCCGGCACACAGCACCGUGGGGCAGUCCCUGCGGGCUCCUCUGAAGAAGCUCUUUCCCUCCAUCAUCAAUAUCAUGUGGCCACUGCUUUUCUUCGAAUAUGAAGGGAACUUCAUCCAGAAGUUCCAGCGUGAGUUGAGCACCAAGUGGGUGCUGAAUACGGUGAGUACAGAGGCCCAUGUGCUACUGGGGAAGAUCCUACAAAACCACAUGCUGGACCUCCGCAUUGGCAACUCCAAGCUCUUCUGGCGGGCACUGGCCCUGCUUCAGCGGUUCUCUGGACAGUCCAAAGCGCGAUGCAUUGAGAGCCUCCUGCAGGCCAUCCACUUUCCUCAGCCACUGACAGAUGAAAUUCCGGCUGCUCCCAUCUCCAGACACAUCCACGCUGCACAGGAGAAGGAACAGGUCAUCCCCGUAGCCUUGCUGAGCCUCCCGUUCCGGUGCUCCGUCCCCGCGGCUCGGGCAUGCGUGGCUGCAGCUCCCUCCGUCUGCGAGGCCGUCCGGACCGCCCCGGCUGGGCCCGGCCGGAAGCGUGGCGCCGACCCGCGGGAAGGCCGUGCCGCCCGCGGUGCAGUGAAGCGGGCCGCGGGCCGGCGUGAGACGGGGCCUGGCCGAGGGCACUCGCCGGGAGAGCCCGGGCCGCCAGCAGCCCUCGGCGGGGCGGAAGAUUUUCUCCUCUCUGGGGGACUGUUCUUGUUCUUGACUCAGUGGUUUCCACCUUCGCCCGCUUAUUCCGAUCUCAGAAAUAAAAUGAACGUCUUGUUUUGGAAAGGUGACGCGCAGGGAGUGAGUCGGACGCGGUACGUGGUUGGAGGUGGCGGGGUCCCAAGAGCAGAUUCGGGCCUGUAACUGUGCAGCGCACGGCCCGAUGUCCAACCUUGUUCUAGCGUCCG